ACAGCAAUCAAAGCUAUAAGCAUACAACAGUUAUACUUAAACGGCUAACAAUUAUCCACACAACUACGAUUUAAUUAAAUUUAUCAUACAUACAUCUCUAAUUAACUUUUCUUAAUCUUAGUAUUUGUUGCUCUUUCAUUGUCAUUUAAAGUCUUCACAUACAAAAUACUACUCUCCCACUAUGUUCUUAAGAUAUUCUCUUUACUAUCCCUCUAUAUUUGAACUUUUCUCCCCUCCAAAUGAAAAUAUACAAACUGCUCUCCCACUAUGCUCUUAACAUAUUCUCCUUACAAUCCUUUUCUUCCCUAACGUGCUUGACAAGUAUCCCACUAAUCCCAUCUCCAACUACUAAUUAAUCUCCCUCUAAUUCAAUAAUUUCACUAUAAAUUAGCUCAAAUUCCACAUUUAAUUCCCAAAACAAAAAAAAAAACACACGUUUCCCCUAUAUUCUUAACAUACUUUUUGAGUUUUUGUUUAGAACAGGGCGUGUCGAUUAAGUUUAAUUAACUAACUAAUAUGGCUUUCUCACGUGUUAGUGUUGUCGUUUUUCUUUUUAUCGCCCUUGUCGGGUCUGCCCUUGCGCAAGGACCCUCAACGGCUCCAACCCCCGCUCCCACCACUUCCACCACUCCUGCUCCUGUGCCCGCCCCAACAACCACCCCCGUCUCUGCCCCAACCACCCCUCCGGUCUCCAAUCCGGUCGCUGCCCCUGUCCCCGCUGCUGCCCCAACCGUGCCUGCUCCUUUGGCAUCCGCCGUCCCAGCCCCAUCAACCGAAACCCCAGUGAUGAGCCCACCCAUGGAUAUGAUUCCAGCAGCUGGCCCAGCCGUAGACGUCGUCCCUGGGCCCGGGCCCGCCCCUGCAAUGGCAGCACCGGGUGACAGUGGUGCUUUUCUUCACGGAAGCAGCUUUGUUCUCGUGGCUGUCCUUGGAGCAGUUGCUGUCUUUGCCUAA